UUUAGCUUAGCUACAAUUCUUCGGUUAGGAUCUCGAGCUCGGAUAGAUUCACUAAUAAGAAGAAUAUUAUAACUAAUAAAUGAUAAAUAAGUGAACGAAAUCUCUCGAGUGGAUGCUGUGAUAUUUUUCUAGACGAUGUCAUUGAUUUCGUUUUAAUCAUCAUCAUGGCUGCAGAACUUCAAGCAAAAUACACCAAACUGGCUCAAGAGUACUCAAAGCUCAGAGCACAGAAUCAGGUCCUGAAGAAGGCCGUGGUGGACGAACAAACCAAUUCUAACUCCUUGAAGGAUGAGGUGAAGCAGCGAGAACAGAGUCUGCGUAAAGCCGAGCAGGAAAUGGACAGCCUGAGCUUCAGGAACCAGCAGCUGGCCAAAAGAGUGGAGCUCCUUCAGGAGGAGCUGCAGGUCACUGAGGCCAAAAGUAAAAAGGGCAAGAAUAAAGGAGAUUCGCCUUCUCAGCCCAGUUACCAGACGCAGAGCGUGUUCGACGAGGAUCUGCAGAAGAAGAUUCAGGAGAACGAAAGACUUCACAUCCAGUUCUAUGAGGCGGACGAGCUGCACCGUCAGCAGGAGGCUCAGCUCCGAGAGAGACUGGAGCAGCUGGAGAAAGAUGGCGAGCAGCACCAGGCUGUGGUGGACAGUCUCGCCUCCAAAUACAUGGACACCAUCGAGAAACUACAGAGCGACAAGGCUCGAUUAGAGAUUAAGGUUCAGACACUGGAGAGAGAGGCCAAGGAGUGCCGGCUCAGGACUGAGGAAUGCCAGCAACAACUGAGGAAAUAUCAGACGGAGCUGAGCACUCAGCUGAAACACAACAGCAGUGUGAUCGAGGAGAAAGUGCCCUUUAACGACACCAAAUGCAGUGACUACAACAGCUUAAAUGUUCCCGCACACAACCGAAGACAUCAGCUGAAAGCUCGAGACGCAGCAGGACAGGCCGUGGGUUUCGUGCAGGAUCUCGUCUCUGCUCUCCUCAACUUUCACUCGUACACAGAACAAAGGGUUCACAUUUACCCGCUGGACUCAUCUAUAGAACCUGUCUCACCUCUCAAUCAGAAGUUUUCUCAGUACCUGCACGAGAACGCCGCCUAUGUGCGCCCCCUAGAGGAAGCCAUGUUGCAGCUGCAUCAGAGCAUAACAGAGGACACAGUUACAGUGCUGGAGACGGUGGGGAAACUGCAGGACUUUUCCAAAUCCUUCUCCACCUACACGAGCUUUCUGCAGAAGAUCCUGCCUUAUCAGUUAAAAAGUUUAGAUGAAGAGUGCGACAUCCCUCUCUGCACUGCGUCUUUGAGUGCUAAGAACCGUGAGCUACAGAACGAUAUGAAAAGGGUCACCGCUGUGUUUGAGAAACUACAGAACUACAUCAGUCUCUUGGCCUUACCGAGUUUACGUAUGGAUGCCAUGCCACAAAGCAGCUCCAGCGCAGUCUUCACCCAGCUUGCUGCUUGUUUACACGGCCUGCACGAUGCCACUCAGGAGCUUUCUAAGCACUACAGUCAGAAGGUGACCCUUGAGCAGGAGCUUCCAAACAUCACUCAGAAGCUGCGCACCACUAAUGAGUGUUUACUAUCCUCUCUGGCCUCCCUCACCAACAACACAAACAAGAUUGCAACAUUCUUCAACAACAAUCUGGACUUUUUUACCUCGUCGGCUGGGUACGGGCCCAGAGGCGGAAACGGAAGCCUGAACCCACAGCAGGCCCACAGCAUGCUCAGUAACAAAAAGCACGCAUGCCAAUACAUCCUCGCGCUCAGGAGGCCGCAUCCUGAGUCCGUCCCGUACACCGAGGCACUGUCUAACCGCCGCAUCCUCACCAGCUCCACAGAGAGUAGAGAGGGUCUCAUGCAGCAGGUGCAGCAGAGUCAGGAGAAAAUCGCUCGUCUGGAGCAGGAGAAGGAGCACUGGCUGCUGGAGGUUCAGCUGGGACGAGUACGACUGGAGAAGGAGAACCAGCGCAUAGCGAAGCUUGAGACCAGACUCUCCCUGGCCCUCGGAGACGACGUCGCCGCACACGCCGUCUCCGUCUCCGCAGGACCAGCCGUGCCAGAAAAAGAAGAGAAAACGGACAGAGAGACGUCUCAAAGCAGCAGUUUGGUUGGAAUUCUCACUAUGACCCCGACGAACGAGAGUGUCGGAGAUGAAGAGUCUCGGGAACACUUGAUAAAAACCCACUACAUGGCACGAGUGGCUGAACUCACCACACAGCUGCAGAUGUCUGACAGCAAGGCCGUGCACUUUCACGCGGAGUGCCGAGCUCUGGUGAAACGUCUGGCCAUUGCAGAGAAAUCUCGUGAGGCUCUUACAGAGGGGAUGAAGCAAGCCAAUCAGAACAUCACGUCCCUGCAGGAUGAACUUAGCACGACCAAGAGGAGCUACGAGGACCAGCUGAGCAUGAUGAGCGAUCAUCUCUGCAGCAUGAACGAAACCCUGAGCAAACAGCGUGAAGAGAUCGACACACUCAAAUUAGGAAACAAGGGAAACUCCAAGAAGAACAAGGGCCGGUAGUUCAGCGUCGGUGUGAGCAAAAGAGGAGGUGCUGGAACCAGGAAGACACACACACACACGGCAGAGACACAAUGAGACAUGAUGUCCAGACCAAACUGACCAAACACUUUGAGCGAGUGUGGAACUGACAUUUAAUGCUAUCCUGCCAUUUUUUUUCCAUGCUGACAGAUUGCUAGCGAUUUUUACAAAUCCCCAAAGCGUGCACACGGAUCACGCGCUGAUCGUACUGCAAGUCUAAUUUACACUCCACACACAUCAUCUAGCUGUUUCUUUAGCAGUCGUUCCCACUUACAGAUCAAAGAGCCGGAUUAGUUUCCGUAGUCACAGAGGACUUUAACACAAGCACAGAAUACAUGCUUACAUCCUUAAGGUUAUAAUAUCACAGUGUAGGAAAUAACAUCCAAAAUUACUUACUGCACCUUUAAUGGAUUUAUAAACAUAUUUACACAUCAAUCUGUACAAGGCUAAAAGUUUUAAGAACCAUUCUAGCAUGUUCUUGCAUUAUAGAGCAUUUUUAAACGUGUAAACUGGAUAAUGUACCGAACUCUGCCGUAGUGUUGUACAGUUAUGACGCGGUGAAAUAUUACUUUUUUCCACCGUUAAUCUUUACGCAGCGAUACGAUCUGUUAAUUAACACACGCCGACGUGUUCGUCACCACAAUAACGAGUUUUAUGGCUCAUAUCAUUUCAUUUCGUGUCGUAGCUCUCUGCAAAAUAUCAGAACUAUUUAAAAACAAUGUAUUAUGCAACCCGACUGAGAGACACGCCAUAUUAAAUACAUGUUAAUCCAGUACAAGAGACUAAUCCGUACCUCAUUAGUACUUCAGCAUGUAGCCAGAGAUUAUAAUCAGCGUUGUAGAGAGCCGUUAAGGUCAAAAGCUCUCACUGUGAUUAGCUGUGAAUGCUAAAUGUUAUAAAUAUGCAAAAAAACAAACAAAAAAAAAACAAAACGUUAACGUGAAAAUAUGUUCAAUUCGUUAAUAUCAUGUCUUAUGUACGUUUUUUUCUUCGUCAAGAAUUUUAUACCACGUCUCCGAUUACAUUUCUUUCCCCAGUGAAAUGGAUAUCGUGUUAGAUUUCUGUACAGAUUAACAUCCACCAAGCACUGAGACGAAGAUAUUAGACAAAACACUCACUUGUGUUGUGACCGUGAUGUUCUGAGACGAACAAAUCCUGAACUUUUGCAUUUUACGAAUGACGGCGACAGUUUAAACAUCCGAGUAGUUGUUUUCUUUUCUUGUCUUUGUUCACACCUUGGAUUUAAUCCGUUUUAAUCUACUUCACUGUAAUACUGAUCACAUAAAUAUCACCAAACCAUGUAAAUGACAUCUGACAUGAUGAUGAUAAUAAAACAUGUUUAAAUGGU